CCUUUUAAUGGCCGGGACGGGCGGGCUCUCGGGCGGCCCAGCGCAGCGGACCAGCGAGCGGCAUGUCUGCGACCCGGGCCUCCAACGACCGGCCCCCCGGCGCCGGCGGCGUCAAGCGGGGGCGGCUGCAGCAGGAGGCGGCGGCGACCGGCUCCCGGGUGACGGUGGUGCUGGGCGCGCAGUGGGGGGACGAGGGCAAAGGCAAGGUGGUGGACCUGCUGGCCACGGACGCCGACAUCAUCAGCCGCUGCCAGGGGGGCAACAACGCUGGCCACACCGUGGUGGUGGACGGCAAGGAGUAUGACUUCCACCUGCUGCCCAGCGGCAUCAUCAACACCAAGGCCGUGUCCUUCAUCGGCAACGGGGUGGUUGUCCACUUGCCGGGCUUGUUCGAAGAGGCAGAGAAGAACGAGAAGAAAGGCCUCAGGGACUGGGAGAAGAGGCUCGUCAUCUCUGACCGAGCGCACCUCGUGUUCGAUUUCCACCAGGCGGUCGACGGGCUCCAGGAGGCGCAGCGGCAAGCCCAGGAGGGGAAGAACAUCGGCACCACCAGGAAGGGGAUCGGACCAGCCUACUCCUCCAAGGCGGCCCGCACCGGCCUGCGCAUCUGCGACCUGCUGUCCGACUUUGACGAGUUUUCCGCCAGGUUCAAGAACCUGGCCCAUCAGCACCAGUCCAUGUUCCCCACCUUGGAAAUAGACAUUGAAGGUCAACUCAAAAGGCUCAAGGGCUUUGCCGAGAGGAUCCGGCCCAUGGUCCGAGACGGCGUCUACUUCAUGUACGAGGCGCUCCACGGCGCCCCCAAGAAGAUCCUCGUGGAAGGCGCCAACGCGGCCCUCCUGGACAUUGACUUCGGGACCUACCCCUUUGUGACGUCAUCCAACUGCACAGUGGGUGGCGUGUGCACGGGGCUGGGCAUCCCCCCCCAGAACAUAGGCGAUGUCUACGGCGUGGUGAAGGCCUACACCACACGCGUGGGCAUCGGCGCCUUCCCCACUGAGCAGAUCAACGAAAUCGGCGACCUGCUGCAGAACCGCGGCCACGAGUGGGGUGUGACCACGGGCAGGAAGAGGCGCUGCGGCUGGCUGGACCUGAUGAUUCUGCGCUACGCUCACAUGGUCAAUGGGUUUACCGCGCUGGCUUUAACCAAACUGGACAUACUGGACGCCCUGGACGAGAUCAAAGUCGGCGUCUCGUACAAGCUGAACGGGAAAAGGAUCCCCUAUUUCCCAGCUAACCAGGAGAUCCUGCAGAAGGUCGAGGUCGAGUACGAGACGCUGCCUGGGUGGAAAGCUGACACCACGGGUGCCCGGAAGUGGGAGGACCUGCCCCCGCAGGCCCAGAGCUACGUCCGGUUUGUGGAGAAUCACGUCGGAGUGGCAGUGAAAUGGGUUGGUGUCGGCAAAUCGAGGGACUCAAUCAUCCAGCUGUUUUAGACCGUGACAGAGCGGAUCCCAGCACGCCCUGUCCCCGCCCCCGGAGGCAACGCUGGUGCCAUCAGAAAGAUGUAGGAAAAGAUUUUCUGGACUUUUAUAUUUCUCCUGAGCCUUCAGCUCACCUGCCGAUUUCUGGGGUCCCAUUAAACAUCUGAAGGCCGGCCCUGUGCACCCGUUCACGACCCUGCUGCUUGAAGGAGUCAUGGGGCCCAAAGUGCGGACCUUUGGUGGCUCAUUUACAUCACAUGCUGUGUGUCUGGUGGGAGCAGUUUAGCAAUAAACAUCCAAGAGCCACUGAA